AUGGCAUUUCGCCGCCGUUCAACUUCCACUGUAUCCUAUGUUGUCUGCAUAGGGAUGCCUCAAUGGCCCAGCAAAUCGACUAGUUACUGGAACGAGGGGAGGCAGUCCAGGGAGGCAGUCCAGGGAGGCAAAGUUGUGGAAUGUGACGUUGAAGCUGGCCCGGAAGUUCACUCCAGAGGCUUAGGCUUAGGAUCCAAGAUCUUCAUCUUCCAGGGCUCUGAUUCAAGUCUGUGUUGCCUUUCACGAAUGGGAACCCUUGUCGGUGAGCGGAUGGGGGUUAUUCCCGCGGAGUGGCGGAGAGACCAUUCCAUGCUUCCGGUAGCAAUGAUAGAAGACGGCGAUUCCACAGGAUAG